AUGCCAACCAAAAGCCGAAGCUACCAAAUUUCGGCUACGCCGGUCACCAUGCUUGCUCAUUUGGUAGCCAUAGCAAUUGCAACUCUUGUUCUUGUUUGGUUUCUUCACUUUGAAGAAGGAUUUUCUUAUACAUCUCUCGACAAAGUCAAGAUUUUAAAUUUGCAUGGAUUUCUAAUGGUUGUUGGGUUUAUUCUUGUAGCCGGAGAAGCUAUAAUGGUAUACAAGACAAUUCCAGCAAAAAAGAAGGUGCAAAAGGCAAUUCACUUCACAUUGCAUCUGAUAGCACUUGGAGCUGGAAUUUUGGGGAUCUAUUCAGCUUUUAAGUUUAAGCAUGAAAUUGGAAUUAAAAAUAUGGUCACAAUACAUUCAUGGCUAGGCAUAAUUACCAUCUGCCUUUUUGGUUUACAGUUGUUAUUAGGGUUUGUCUCCUAUGUAUUCCCCGGGGCACAAAUGUCAUCAAGAGCAUCAUACAUGCCAUGGCAUGUAUUUGGUGGGAUGUUCAUAUUUUUUCUAGCAAUUUGCACUGCAGAAACCGGUUUGAUUCAAAGGUUUGACACCCUAAACCAAGAAGGCCUAAUUAUUAAUUUCAUUGGACUUUUACUGGUUCUUUUUGCUGUUGGUGUGGGCUUAAGUGGUGUCCUUCCAAGAGGCUAUUGACCAUUUUCAUUGCUACAUUCUUGUCAAUUUUAUGAUUUUUAGAGGGAUAAAAAGGGAAUUAAAUUCUUGUUAUUAUUUAUUGUUGAAUGUUGAGUAGCUUAUUGAUGAAGUUUCAAGUGUUGUAAAAACUAAAAUAAUUGAAUAUUAUAAUUAUUCUUCAUUAUCCUAGUUAAAG